AUGAGCCGCGGCAACAAGAAAGGCGUGAAGAUCAGCAGCGGCGCCGGUGACCGCUACCGUCCCCACCAGGCCGAGGGCGAGAGGAGAAGAAGAGGGAACGCCCUGCCCCUUGUGCAGACCACCAUCGCAGCCCCCGGCGGCAACCCCACCAUCAUCUCCAUCGGCCCCCACGACCACCGGGGGGCCAAGGUGUCGCCGGGCUCCAGCCGCCGCUCCCUCUCCUUCGCCGACUCCAGAGACGAGCGUUCGUCGUUCUCGCACGCCAGGGCGUCCUCCUACUGCGGAGACGGCGGUGGGGCCGUUCCUCGUCAGACCCUGGAGGAGCUGAAGACCAUGCUGGACCAGAGGGACGGCGGCCACCCCGGCAGCCCCUACACGUACCUCCACCCCGGGGGAGGCAGGCCGGACGGGCAGCCCCCAGACGAGGUCCCUUCCAGGGCCUUCUCGACCUUUAAGCCGUUCUCUUCCUCAUCAGAGAGCGGGGGGAAGUACACAUCCAGGCCCACAGACAGGAGCUCCUUCCAGACGCCGUCGACAUCGCACUGGGACUCGUCGAGCGGGUCGACUCGGGCGGAUGUGCAUUCACGCAGUAGCAUGAGAUCCCCCAGCUGUGAGGCGACUACAGCAGAGAGUCAGGGGUCACAGACAGAUAACGGCAAUGGCACUGGUGACAGCAACGGGCCUCAACAUUUCAUCACAUUUGUUGAGCAGAUAAAGCAGCAGAUUGAUCGUGAAGGCGUCAACUUUGUCCGCUUUGAGGCCACAGACCUUCAUGGAGUCUCCAGGUCCAAGAUAGUGCCUGCACGCUUCUUUUCGGAGAAAGCCGCCUACGGCGUGCCCAUGCCCCGCAGCUACCUGGAGCUCACCCUGAGCCCCAAGAUCAACGAGGUGGACAAUGGAGCGGCGGCCAACUUCAGCAGUGACAUCCUCCUGGUGCCCGACAUGGCCACCUUCAAGAUCCUGCCCUGGGCCAACCACACGGGCCGCGUCAUCUGCGACCCCUGCACGGUCACGGGUGUGCCCCUGCGCACCUCGCCCCGCCUCAUCGCCAAGCAGCAGCUGGCGCAGCUCCAGCAGCUGGGCUUCACGCUGCACUCCGCCAUGACCUACGAGUGCUGCGUGCUGGGCCUGCCCGAGCGCGUGGGCUCCAAGGCCGUGUUCUUUCCCGCCACCACUUUGCUCAGCAACAACGACCUGCCGUUCCUGCACCAGCUCAUCAGCGGCAUGUACCACAUGGGCGUGGACGUGGAUAGUUUCGCGUCGGCCAGCGGCCCGGGCCAGAUGGAGAUCGCCCUGAAGCCCAAGUUUGGCAUCGCGGCGGCCGACUGCGCGUUCACGUUCCGCACGGGCAUGAAGGAGAUGGCGCGCAAGCACAACUACAUCGCCAGCUUCUUCACCGACGACGGCAUGUACAACGCCGGCGUCUUCUCGCACAGCCUGUGGGACGCCAACGGCCGCCGGAGCCUCUUCCACUCGGGUAGCGGCGGCGGCAGCGGGGAGCUGGCGGAGAUCGGCAGGAAGUGGCUGGCGGGGCUCCUGCACCACUCGGCCGCACUCAGCUGCCUCCUCGCACCCGGAGUCGGCUGCCGCAAUCAGCUCACCAAAGGAGCCAAGGACACGAAGAAGCAGCACGCACUGUACGCCACGUACGGCUGCAACGACAACAGCUGCUCGUUCAAUUUGAAAUUCCACGGCGGCAGAGAGGCACACAUCGACAAUAAGCUGGGGUCGGCCAUGGCCAAUCCGUACGUCGUCAUGGCCGCCACGGUGGCGGCCGGGCUGGACGGGCUCAAGCGAGGCCUGAGCUUCGAGUACAACCUCAACAGGGCGCCGAACCAGCAGAAGCAGUUCGGCAUCCAGGGGAAACUCGAGGAUGCUCUGGAAGCGCUGGCCGAGGACGAAGUCAUUCGCGGGGCACUCGGCGAGACGUUCACACAGUAUUUCAUCGCUAUCAAGAAGUUAGAGAUCGAGACACAGGAAUUGGAUGCUGAAAGGAACAAGACACUCGAGUAUUUUAUUUAAA